AUGCAGGGGGUGCGAGAUGCAUUUGAACAAACUGUGGGUGAGAGCAUCAGAUGCGACGAAUUGGAACUGGUACUCAAAAACUGCGGCGUGGACGAUACAUCGGCACAGUUUUUGUUGCGACAAGCUCAGAGCUAUGCCAAUGGAGAGGUACUUUCUCUGAGAACUUUCUUUGAGUCCAUUUUUCCUGCUCCGCCCUUGCGCAAGCUGUCGAGUGCCCACGGUGUCGCCGAGGCCGGCGGAGUCGAGGCUUGGAACCAGAGCCAUCCAGAUGUGAAGCAGCUGGGGCAUGUGCUGUCCUCCAUGUGCAGGGCCACCAACGUCCAGGAAGCCUUAGCCGAGGUUAGUGCUUUGAUGUCCUUGGAGCAUAACUUGUGGACCUAUGCCUACAUGCGCAAACUUUAUGAUCGCAGUCCGGAUCUUUACUAUGCCACUAUUGCGGCGAAGCCGUCAAUGCUCUUGCCAGCCGUCUACACGCCCACUGUAGGAGAAGCGUGCCAGAAGUUCGGCAAAAUGCCACUGUAUAGCCGUGGCUGCUACUUGCGGAUCUCCGAUAAGGGGAACUUCAAAGAAGUCUUGCGCGAGUAUGCCGAAGCAGAAUUGGAGAAAGAUGAUGCUGGCAAUUUCCUCUGCGACUGCAUCGUCUUCUCAGAUGGUGGUCGUAUCCUGGGUUUGGGCGACCUGGGGGCCUGGGGGAUGGGCAUUCCCAUCGGCAAGUUGGACCUCUACACCGUCUGUGCUGGCUUCAACCCCAAGAGGACAAUCCCCUUGAUUAUUGAUGCUGGAUGUUCCGGGCCGGAGGGCAACACCGACAAAUUGGUGAUCCGCGAUAGCCCAACGUACACAGGCAUGAAGCAAAAUCGUGUCACCGAAAAGUCCCCUGCGGGGACGGUGGUGAAUUCAGCUUACUACGGUGAAGGCAAUGCAAUCAUGGAGUUCAUGACAGCUGCUACGGAGCUCUUUGGUUGCCGUUGCCUUCUGCAGUUUGAGGACUUUAACUCCAACGAUGCCUUUCCUCUCUUGGCGGAGUAUCGCAAGAAAUUUCUCACCUACAAUGAUGACAUCCAAGGUACUGCAGCUGUGGCUUUGGCAGCGUUGUUGGGUGCCAUGAAAUUGCGAGAUGCCAGCAGCAACCUGCGGGAGAGCCUCUUGAAGCAGACCUUUCUCUUUCACGGUGCUGGAAGCGCCAACAUUGGCCUCAUGCGGCUGCUGAAUGAAGAGGCCGGCGUGCCCUUGUCCUCCAUCUUCGUGACCAACUCCCGCGGCCUCAUCUGGCGCACCGCCGACGGCAGCGGCAGCUUCCGCAACGAAGAGCAGAAGCAGUUCGCGCAGGUGGGUGAGCCUGACUUCGACUCCAAGGAUCUGGUGACAUUGGUAGAGCAGGUGAAGCCCACCUGUGUGGUUGGCGCCGUGGGCGUAGCGCCCAACUGCUUUACGAAACCGAUGAUCGAGGCAUUGAUGAAGGUCGCCGAGCGUCCGGUGGUCUUCGCCCUGUCGAACCCCAAGAGCCAGGCCGAAGUCACCGCGAAGGACGCGUACCAAUGGUCCGAAGGCAAGGUGAUCUUCGGCUCCGGAACCUGGUUUGCACCUGUGGAGGUUGGUGGCAAGAGCUUUGCGCCCGGACAGGUGAACAACGUUUACAUUUUCCCGGGCAUGUCCUUUGGUGCUGUGUGCUGCCAAGCCAGCAGCAUUCCCGAAAGCUUAUUCCUGGCAGCCGCUGAAGCGGUGGCCAAUAGCUUGGGUGAGGAGGAGUUGAUGCUCGACAUGGUGGUGCCCAAACGGGACCGCAUCCAGGAGGUGAGCUUGAAUGUGGCGACUGCGGUGACGCUGGAAGCCCAAAAGCAGGGUCUUGCCGGGAAGCCUUUGGGAGCGGAUUGGGCAUCCGUUCGGGCAGCCUUGGACAAAAUGAGGUGGACCCCAAAGCAAUGA